AUGUCUCAACCCAAGAUCCUCCUCGAAGACUCUACCAACGGCUACGGCUUCGUCCGUCAUAAUCCUCUCCCCCCUAAGCCGCGGUCCAACGCCGUCACCGAGAUCCGCGGCCCCUAUUACACGGUCAUGGGCACUCGCUACCUGACGGAUGUGCUUGAAACAAUGGGUGCACACGUUGACGGGCUGAAGUUCGCCGGUGGCUCGUUCUCGCUCUUUCCCGAGGACAAGCUGCGUGAGCUGAUUGACCUGGCCCAUCAACACGGCGUGUAUGUCAGUACAGGUGGCUGGAUGGAACAUAUUCUUUCCUCAAGUGGGGGAGACACUGUCGAUGCUGUGGACAAGUAUCUGGCGAAGUGCAAAGACGUCGGCUUCGACGUCAUAGAGAUAUCUACCGGAUUCUUGUCCCUCCCAGGGGAUGAUUGGCUAAGCCUUGUCAAGCGAGUGCAAGAGGCAGGGUUGAAACCAAAGCCGGAGCUUGGUAUCCAGUUCGGCGCUGGUGGUGACACUGAAGCGACCGAGUUAGAGAGCAUUGGCACCAGCGAUCCUAGUAAGGUUAUUAACAUGGCGAGGAAGUUUGUGGACGCCGGCGUGGAGAGGAUGAUGAUUGAGAGCGAAGGGAUCACAGAGAAUGUCAAGUCGUGGAGGACUGAUGUCAUUCAGUCCAUCUUGAAAGAAGUCCCCAUGGAGAAGGUGAUGUUCGAGGCUGCUGAUCCGUCGGUGUUCAAUUGGUACAUCCGGGAGUUUGGUGUGGAUGUCAACUUGUUCGUCGACCAUUCUCAGAUCGUACAACUGGCCGGUCUUCGAGCUGGCAUAUGGGGCAAGAGUGACACUUUUGGCAAGAUCACUACCUUUCGCCCACAGUAA